AUGGCACCCUCCUCUGUUCGCCGCAACAUCUUCCAACACAACCUCAGCCGCCGUCCAGCCUCUGCUGGUCCACCCAAUGGCGCACUGACCGCGGCCAGCACCAGCAGCGGUCUCGCAAACCGCCCCUCGCACCGACUCAAGCCCACGACGUCGGACUCGGGGUCCUCGACGCGCAGUGUGAAGAGCACCGAAAACAAGGAGAUUGUGGUCCGCGACAAGAACGGUGGCUACAAGCUUGAUACCCCCGCGUUGCCGCAGCCGUUGGUUGGGGAGGAUGGCGAGGAACUGGGGGACCUGGACGCCGAUGGAGAUGGAGCAGCGGGGUUUGAUUCGUCAGAGCUGUCCGGAAGAGACAAAGAGAAGUUCGAGGCCGCGCUGGUGGAAAUGAUGAUUCGCCAUCGCAAUAGACAGUCUAGCGAUGAACCGGACGAGAUUUUGAAUAUUGUCCAUCACAGCCUGCGCAAGAAAGUGGCGUCCAUCGACGAGGACAAUUGGAUGUUCGAGCCCGAAAAUGACGUCCGUCUAUGA